ACCUCCUGCCCACAGAGACCAAGGCGGGUCCUUGCCUCGAGGCUUGAGCAUGAGGAGUUGUUUUCAGGCCUUCCUGGAGCCCCCCAGGUAACCACAGGCUCUGGCCGCAGCUGUCCCCACCGAUGCCUCGCGUGUGCCUGAGGUCUGCUGUUAUCUUAGUGCGGCGCUAGGGACCCUGUUCGGUGCGUUUAGGGGUUUUUGUGGUGGUGGCGGCGGCUGCGGCUGCUUUUUAAAUUUAUUUUCUUCCUUGGACCUGGGCCCUGCCCUGCCCCCGCUGGCAUGAUGGCCCAGUCCAAGGCCAACGGCUCGCACUACGCGCUGACCGCCAUUGGCCUGGGGAUGCUGGUCCUGGGCGUCAUCAUGGCCAUGUGGAACCUGGUGCCCGGGUUUAGCUCCGGCGAGAAGCCCACAGCCCAGGGCAACAAGACGGAGAUAGGCAGCGGCAUUCUCAAGAGCAAGACGUUCUCCGUGGCCUACGUGCUGGUGGGGGCCGGGGUGAUGCUGCUGCUGCUCUCCAUCUGCCUGAGCAUCCGGGACAAGCGGAAGCAGCGGCAGGGCGAGGAGAUGGCGCACAUCCAGCACCUGCCGGGGCCCGAGCCGCACGCCCCGGAGGAGGACAGCCAGGAGGACGAGGAGGAGGCCUCCUCCAGGUACUACGUCCCCAGUUACGAGGAAGUGAUGAACACCAACUUCUCCGAAGCGAGGGAACCAGACCACAGCCCGAGGAUGAGCAUCUCGCUCCCCUCCUAUGAGUCCCUGACGGGGCUGGACGAGACGAGCCCCACGACCCCCAGGGCCGACGUGGAGGGCAGCCUGGGGCACCCACCCGACAGGCAGAACUCCAAGUUGGCUAAACGCCUGAAGCCACUGAAAGUCCGAAGGAUUAAAUCCGAGAAGCUUCACCUCAAAGACUUUAGGAUCAACCUGCCGGACAAAAACGUCCCUCCUCCCUCCAUCGAGCCUUUGACUCCCCCGCCACAGUACGACGAAGUCCAGGAGAAGGCCCCCAACGCCCGGCCCCCCGACUGACGGCCCCCCUCUGGGGUGUUCCCUCCGGUCACUCACCCUCCGCACCAACAGCCCCCAACCAAGCCACUCCAGCCACAGUUGAGAAGCGAGGGGACAGGUGCGGACUGAGCAGUUUCGAAUGGGGGGUGUGGGUUGGGGAGUCCUGUGAGUCUGGGGUGACGCACGUCCACAGAACCUUCCGUAGCUGGCGCACUGGACGGAGAUGCUGCCUCGGAUCCCGUGAUGCUGCGGACCCCAUGGGGGGCGGGGCGGGGCAUCUUCCCCGUCGUCUUUCCUCAACUGAAUCGGUGACGACAACAGCCUCCUUCCGACCAGGAAAGGUCGCCCCGUGACUGGUGUGGAGUGUGGUUUUGGUUUUGCUCUUCACUGUGACUGUUUUGUUUCCAAAAGAAAAGCUUUGCUCUCUUCUCCGGAGUCCCGAACCAGGUAGAGCAAAUAGGACUCAGCUCUGUGGCAAGGGCGUGGGGCCGUUUUGUGAAUUAAGCAAAACAAAGGGCCUCUGUGGCAAGGGCGUGGGGCCGUUUUGUGAAUUAAGCAAAACAAAGGGCCGGAUGACUGUGUGGGGGUGAGGCCCAGGUGGGGUUCUCGGAGCCCGGACGCCGUUGGUUCUUGGAGGGCCCGAGGCCCGAAGAUGCUGAAGACCGUGGUCUUCACCGGUACACUGGACUCGUCCCUCCCGUGCAGCGGCAGGAAAGCUGGAGGGGAUACUCCGUUCCUUCUAAGAUGCCGUGCAGCCGAGCUUUUUAUAAUAAAAUAUUUUCUUUGUAG